AUGACUACUGCUGCAUUUUUGGAAAGUAAUUGUCCAGACUUGAAACUUAUAAGUCGUGGUAAAGUACGGGAUUUGUAUGAAAUAGAUGAAAAAACUUUGCUUUUUGUUGCAACUGAUCGAAUAAGUGCAUUUGAUGUUAUAAUGAAAAAUGGAAUACCAGGGAAAGGAAAAAUCUUAACAAGGAUUUCAUUAUUUUGGUUUAAUUAUCUAAAAGAUAUUAUACCAAAUCAUUUAAUAACAGCAGAAUUCAGUGAAAUGCCAGAUAUUUUACAAAAAUAUAAAGAUCAAUUAGAAAACCGAUGCUUAUUGGUAAAAAAAUGUAAGGUCCUACCUGUUGAAGCUAUUGUGCGUGGGUCUGCCUGGGAAGAAUAUAAGAGAAAAGGUAGUAUAUGUGACAUUGAACUUUCUAAAAAUUUAAAACAAUGUCAAAAUUUUGAUGAACCUUUAUAUACUCCUAGUACAAAAGCAGAGAUUGGGCAUCAUGGAAUCAUUAUUGCAGACACCAAAUUUGAAUUUGGGAUUGAUUCUGAUGGACAGCUCAUUUUAGUAGAUGAAGUACUAACUCCAGAUUCUUCGAGAUUUUGGCCAGCUGAAUCUUACACAAUUGAUAAAACUCAAGAAAGCUUUGAUAAACAAUUUGUAAGAAAUUAUUUGUCAAGCAUUGGAUUUGAUAAACAAUUUGGAAUUGAAUUACCUGAAGAUAUUAAUAUACAUAUAAAAACAAAUUAUGAAUUUAAUGCAUUUAGAAUAAUGGGAUCUUCAUCAAAUUCUUUAAAAUCAGUAAAAAGUGAAAAUAAUCCUUUAGGCAAUCCUUGA